UUUUUUUGGCGAAAAUUUAUUCUAUCUCAGUCGCGGUCAUAACAAGUGUUAUGUCAUAGUGUUCGCGCGUUUAUUGUGUUUUAUAUAUAUUAAGGAAAAUGAACAUCGUAAGCGCUCAACUGGGGAAUAGUUUGUAUAAUUGCGUGCGGUCUAAUCUAAUAUGGCCCUUGUGGACUCGAUCACAUUUUACCUACUAUCCUACAUCUUUGGGAACUGGAAAACGAAUGAAUAUGUUUAACGCCAUAAAUAAUGCAAUGGAUUUGGCUCUAGACGAAGACAAAUCCGCAUUGUUGUUUGGCGAGGAUGUGGGAUUCGGUGGAGUUUUUCGGUGUUCAGUUAAUCUACGGGAUAAGUACGGAAGUCAGCGUGUUUUUAAUACUCCCCUAUGUGAGCAAGGAAUCGCAGGCUUUGCAAUAGGUGUGGCUAAUACUGGAGCAACCGCGAUAGCUGAAAUUCAGUUUGCGGACUACAUAUUUCCUAGUUUUGACCAAAUAGUAAAUGAAGCUGCCAAAUAUCGUUACCGAAGCGGAGGGCUAUUUGACUGUGGAUCCUUAACUUUCAGAGUACCUUGCGGUGCUGUUGGACACGGAGCACUCUACCAUUCCCAAAGUCCAGAAGCAUACUUUGCACAUACACCGGGACUUCGUGUUGUGAUACCCCGUGGACCGAUAAAAGCAAAAGGCCUUAUCCUUGCAUGUAUUCGUGAUCCAAACCCUUGCAUUGUUUUUGAGCCAAAAACUUUAUAUCGAGCAGCCGUUGAAGAAGUUCCAACAGAGUACUAUACAUCAGAGCUAGGCAAGGCUGAUAUAUUGCGACAUGGUAAAGACGUCACACUUAUUGGUUGGGGUACACAAGUCCAUGUGCUAUUAGAAGUAGCAGAAACUGCAAAAUCAAAGCUCAAUAUAGAUUGUGAAGUUAUAGACUUGGUCUCCAUUUUGCCCUGGGACACUAUUGCCAUUUGCGCCUCUGCUAAAAAAACCGGACGAGUUAUAAUUGCGCAUGAAGCUCCAUUAACACAGGGAUUUGGAUCAGAACUAGCAUCGUACAUUCAAGAAAAGUGUUUUUUGCACCUUGAAGCACCCGUUAAACGUGUGACUGGUUGGGAUACUCCGUUUCCCCAUGUCUUCGAGCCUUUUUAUAUGCCCGAUAAGCACCGAUGUUUGUCAGCUAUAAAUGAUAUUGUUAACUUUUGAAAACUGUAAUAUGGGAAAUUAAAGGUUUGCAUUUUAUUAAUUA